AACAAAAAAUAUGGCGACUACCUAUUGCUUGCAUUUGUAGCUUUGCCGAUUUUUUAUUUUUUAUGUGAAGAAGUCAAACUUAUGUUUGAAAAUAUAUUAAUAAUAUCGUAUAAUUAGCGUUAAUUAAUAUUUCAUUGAGGCAGAACCAAAUAUUUAACAAAGAAGAUGUAUGACGAUAGACGUGGAGGUCGCGGGGGUAGUCGUGGAGGUCCAAGGGGUGGCGGAAGAGGACGAGGCGGAUCGAGGGGUGGUCGUUCGGCUGAUAGAUCUCAAGAGAGGGGAAGUAGGUUUGGAGGUACUAGCGGAGGCCGUGGUGGUAGAGAUGGGAGCAGAGGCGGCGGGAGAGGUUUCGGAAGUCGCGGUGGCCGUGAUGGUAGAGAUCGCGAAGACUUCCGCAGCAAUUUCAAAAACGAGCAACCCGGUGGGGCGCUUCGUAAAAUACGCUGGGACACCAUCACGCUGACGCCAUUCCAGAAAAACUUUUACACUCCCCAUCCUAACGUUCAAAUGCGCUCAAUGGCCGAAGUUGAAGCUUACAGGAGCCAACAUCAGAUCACAGUAAAGGGGAGAGAUGUUCCGCCGCCAAGUAUGUAUUUUGAAGAAGGUGGCUUCCCUGAUUAUGCUAUGAAGGAAAUUUUGAAACAAGGUUUUCCAAAUCCAACACCAAUUCAAGCACAAGGUUGGCCGAUUGCUCUAUCUGGAAGAGACAUGGUGGGGAUUGCUCAAACUGGAUCGGGGAAGACAUUAGCUUAUAUCUUGCCUGCUAUUGUACAUAUAAUUAAUCAACCACGGUUACUUCGGGACGAUGGCCCAAUUGUCCUUGUGUUGGCACCAACUAGAGAAUUAGCUCAACAAAUCCAACAGGCUCUAGUAUCAAUGAAUGGAAAUGCAGCAGAAAGGGAUAGAAUUCCUGGCCCCAUGGAUGUUGUGGCGACAGACUUCGGCCAAAAUGUGCAAGUACGCAACACCUGCAUAUUCGGUGGGGCUCCAAAAGGUCCCCAGGGUAGGUCCCUGGAGCGUGGGGUGGAAAUUGUGAUUGCAACACCUGGAAGACUUAUUGAUUUCUUGGAGAAAAAUACUACAAAUCUUCGUCGCUGCACUUACCUAGUAUUAGACGAAGCAGAUAGAAUGUUGGACAUGGGAUUCGAACCACAGAUUCGCAAGAUUAUCGAACAAAUCCGACCUGAUAGACAGGUUCUCAUGUGGUCAGCUACAUGGCCAAAGGAAGUUCAGAAUCUAGCCGAAGAGUUUCUACAUGAUUAUAUCCAAAUCAACAUAGGGUCAUUAUCACUGUCCGCCAAUCAUAAUAUCCUGCAAAUCGUCGACGUGUGCGAAGAAUGGGAGAAAAAUGAUAAACUCUUAACACUGCUCAAUGAAAUAUCUUCCGAGGAAGAGACUAAAACCAUUAUAUUUGCUGAGACUAAGAGAAAGGUGGAUGAAAUAACAAAAACAAUCAAUCGCGCCGGAUGGCGAGCGCUCGCGAUACACGGCGAUAAGAACCAACAGGAUCGCGACUAUGUACUCAGCCAGUUCAGACAAAACCAGGGCGGGAUACUAGUCGCGACUGACGUAGCAGCAAGGGGGCUUGACGUGGAGGACGUGAAGUUCGUGAUCAACUACGACUAUCCGAACAACUCGGAGGACUACGUGCACCGCAUCGGGCGCACAGGCCGCUCGCACAACACCGGCACCGCGUACACGCUGUUCACGCCCAAUAAUUCUGCUAAGGCUAAAGAUUUGAUGUCAGUGCUGCAAGAGGCUAACCAAGUCGUGAAUCCCAAACUGAUGGAGUUGGCGCAGUGCGGUAUGGGUUUCAAGGGAAAGUUCAACCGUGGCAGAUACCGCGACAGGGACGAUGAGCCUCGAGGGGGAGGACGGGGCAGAGGUGGGGGUAGAGGCCGGCCCGAUAGAGGAUCAAGAUGGGAUAACAAUGAUUCAUCCAACGGCUUCCAAGGGUCCACUUUCAACCGGCCGGAGGGGGGAGGCUUUCCCCGACAGAACUUCAACCGCGACCAGAGCCGCGAGUCUUUCCGCGGCCGUGGGCGUGGUCGUGGGCGUGGGAACUUUAACAGUUACGGACAGGGCAACACUGGCUAUGAACAGAGCCAGGGCUACCAGCAGAAUAGCUAUUAUAAUAUGUACUCGCAGCCAGCCGAACAAAACUAACAUGUGAUGAAUGUGUAAACAGACUUGGGCAUUUGGAUCUUGAAAAUUUGGAGGUUUCAGUUAAUUUUUGAG